AUGGGAGCCAAGCAGUCCAAGGAGGAGGAGAUGAAGAGGCAGGCAAGGAAGAGUGCCGGUCGUGAGGACAGCUUGACGUCAGUGGAGCGGAUCCGCAACCACACGUACAAACAGUGGGGCUACAGCAUGCUCAGCCUGGCCCGCCGCGGCCUCAAGGAACCCCCCGAGGAACUGUGGCAUGUGACGGAGCUUGAGAAGCUCAAUCUGUCAUUGAACUGCCUGCAGGCUCUGCCCCCCGCCCUUAGCAUCCUCAGCAACCUGGUGGUCCUCAACCUGUGGGGGAACCAGCUGACCAGCCUGCCCCCAGAGAUCGGCCAACUCAGACACCUCCGUGUCCUGUUCUGCUACCGCAACCGGCUGACCGAGGUACCAGAGGAGCUGGGCAACUGCACCAGGCUGGAGGUCCUCAGCCUGGCCAACAACCAGAUAUCUGGCCUCCCCGCCUCCUUCGCCAGCCUGACCUGCUUGCGCAAGCUCAACCUCAGCCACAACAAAAUCGUUCACAUCCCCGGUUGCGUCUACACCAUGAAGAGUCUGGUCUUCCUCCACCUGGCCUGCAACAGGCUGGAGUGCAUCGCCGAGAGCAUCGCGGCACUGGUGGAGCUCAAGAUCCUCAUCGUGGAGGGGAACGAAAUCCACUCACUGCCCAAGAUGAUCUGCUGCCUGACGCGCCUGGAGCUGCUCAACGUGGACUUCAACGACAUCCAGAAUGUGCCCCAAGAGAUGCACCAGCUCAGCAGGCUGGAGAAGCUGGCCUGCCACCCUUUGGAUAAGGGGCUCCACAUCAUGCAGAACCCCUUGCAGAAACAAAUCAAAGAAGUGCUGGAAGGAGGCCUCACCGCCCUGUUUAAUUAUCUCAAAUCUAAUUGA